AUGGAGCACUCGUGGAAGGCCGAGUGCCGAUCAAACGACGAACUCAUCUACACCCUCCGUUCGUACGGGCUGGUGAAGUCGAAGCGGGUGGAGGCCGCCAUGCGGGCGGUCGACCGGGGCCACUACUCCACCGAUCCCGACCAGGCCUACUGCGACCGACCACACGGCAUCGGCUGCUCACAAACCAUCUCCGCACCGCACAUGCACGCGAUGUGCCUCGAGCUGCUUCUGGACCACGCCGUCCCUGGGGCCAAGGUGCUCGACGUCGGAUCGGGGAGCGGCUACCUCACGGCAAUUCCUGAACUGGUGGAGUGGGGAACGAACAACAUCCGCAAGGACAGCCCGCAGCUGCUGGAGAAGCGCGUGGUGGAGAUCCGCAACGUCGACGGCUGGGAGGGCGUCAAGGACGAGGCCCCCUUCGACGCCAUCCACGUCGGCGCCGCGGCCGCCACCCUCCCGCAGCCCCUCGUCGACCAGUUGCGGCCGGGCGGACGGCUCAUCAUCCCGGUGGGCCGGGACGACCAGGAACUGCUGCAGGUGGACAAGCAGGCCGAUGGCUCGAUCGUCCAGCAGCGCGUGCUCGGCGUCCGCUACGUGCCCCUCGUGCCCGGUCUCGCCCAAUAA